AUGGUUCAGUCAGAUUUAACUGUUCAAGUUCUCAACCUUUCCCCCAGUGUGACUCGCAUAGAGUUGAAUACCUUCUUCUCUUAUUGUGGAACUGUCGAGAAGAUUGAGCUUCACAAAGACAACGACCAAUUGCAGUUCGCUUUAGUGACUUUUACACAGCCAUAUGCUUUUCAGACUGCUCUUCUCCUUAAUGAUGCUUUCCUUGGUGGGCGACCAAUUCGGAUAUUGCCUGCACAGGAUAUAGAGAUCCCUAUCACCGGUCCAGAUAUAAGAAAGAACCAUGGAUCGUUCAGAAUUGUUCCAGCAGUGCAAGCUGCGAUACAAGCAGUGGCUUUAAAAAGCAUUGAAAUGCUGAGCAAGACCACAGAACUAGAGGAGAAUUACAAGCUGUCAGAGAAAGGAAGAAUUCUAGCAAACCAAACAAGAUCAACAAUCUGCGAUGCUGAGCAGGCAGCAGAAAGCUAUGUUUCGGCUGGUGCUAUGUGGUUAUCUGGUGCACUUGAUAAGACGUCCAAACGUGUGUCGGCCCUCGGAACUAUGAAGGGGAAUGGUCCUAACUCCAGGAAUAAAAAAUGGGCCUAG